AUGGUUGUUCACGUCGGUGGCCUUGUGGCCAUCCUUGUUUUCUAUGUUCUUAUUCUAAUGGUGGGUAUCUGGGCUGGACGAAAGCAGAAAUCGUCAGAAAAAUCACCCGAUACGGAAGAGAUUAUGUUAGCAGGAAGGAAUAUCGGUUUACUCGUGGGAAUAUUUACAAUGACAGCGACAUGGGUGGGUGGUGCAUAUAUUAAUGGAACAGCUGAACAAGUUUUCUCAACUGGUCUCUUCGCAUGUCAAGCUCCAUUAGGUUAUGCGAUUAGUUUGGUCGUUGGGGGACUAUUAUUCGCACAGCCCAUGCGAAAUGCUGGAUAUGUAACGAUGUUAGAUCCAUUUCAACGAAAAUACGGUCAACGAAUGGGUGGACUAUUGUUCAUACCAGCGUUGCUGGGUGAAGUGUUUUGGUCGGCAGCGAUUCUUUCGGCAUUAGGAGCAACGAUUAGUGUUAUAUUUACUGAUGUUUCAAUGACAACAUCGAUCGUUAUUUCAGCUGCUGUCGUCAUUUUUUAUACACUCUUUGGUGGAUUGUAUUCAGUUGCUUAUACGGAUGUAGUUCAACUUGGUUUCAUUUUCAUUGGCCUGUGGAUUGCUGUGCCAUUUGCAAUGAGUCAUCAAGGUGUUGGUAGCAUCGUGUCAACAUGGCCGGAAUGGCGGGGUCAAAUUGGUGAUACACAAUGGGUAGAAUGGAUUGAUAGCAUGCUUUUACUUAUCUUUGGUGGAAUUCCGUGGCAGGUUUAUUUCCAACGCGUUCUCUCGGCUAAAUCAGCAAAGAAAGCCAUGUAUCUUUCGUUUUGUGCAGCUGUAGGAUGCAUUGUCUUAGCAAUGCCACCGGUUUUGAUCGGUGCAAUCGCGAAAUCAACAAAUUGGACGAUGACAGAUUAUGAUAUCAACAAAGAUAUCAGAUCACCCGAAGCAACAAAACUGAUUUUGCCAUUGGUUUUAUUGCAUUUAUGUCCAAAAUUUGUUGCGUUUAUUGGUCUAGGGGCUGUUUCAGCUGCUGUUAUGUCGAGUGCUGAUUCGAGUGUCCUCAGUGCGAGUUCAAUGUUUGCUCGGAAUGUGUGGAAACUUGUUUUUCGUAAUCAAGCAUCGGAACGUGAAGUACUCCUCGUCAUGCGUAUUGGCAUCUUUCUCGUUGGAGCUGGCGCUGCUGGUAUUGGUAUUCUCGUCUCAUCGAUCUAUGUUCUUUGGUAUUUAUGUUCGGAUCUUGUUUACGUCAUACUUUUCCCUCAACUACUUUGCGUUGUCUACGUUCCACAUACAAACACCUACGGUUCAUUAUCAGCUUACAUUCUUGGUUUCAUCUUUCGUAUUCUUAUUGGUGAACCGUCAUUAAACAUACCCACAGUGAUUUCGUUUGGUCGAUACAUUCCACCAAAGACUUUAUGUAUGAUUAUUAGUCUUCUCACCACUCUUAUCAUUUCCUUUGUUGCCAAAAUUCUCUUCGAAAAUCGUCUUCUCUCACCUCAACUAGAUGUUCUACAUUGUCUCGUUGAUAUCCCCAAUGAAACAUUACCAUUGAAAGAAAGUACAACAACUGAUGAGUUACAUCAACAAUCCCGAAUUGUCAAACUACCGAUACAUCACCAAUCACAUCAUCUCACCGAGCCAACGAUGAUGAUAAACACGUCAUACUCCCCUAGUCAAGAUACACUCAAUACUUAUGGAAAUUCUUCCGUACAUCAAUAA